UCUAUUGGUUCCCUUCAGCUCCCCUUGGGGCACCCCGCUUCCGCGUGGAGAAACCCCAGCCCAGUCACACGAGUCUCCCUCUACGGAGCACCGGCGGCUUGGAACCUGCUGGAAGAAUGUUGUGAGAAUGAGCAGAAAGCUGCCAGCCGCUGAAACUCGCGCUUCUGCCGAGUCAGCUAUGGCCGGGCAUGUGCGGGCCUCCCCCUCCUCCGGCAGUGCCGGUGCGGGCUGACUGUCGGAUGUCGCCCAAACGCUCAUUCAUCAAACAAGGCUUUCUCCCCCGAUGCCCCGUGGGCCCAAAGCGGCUCGGCUACGCAGACAUCAGGGGUGAGAGCCUCAAGGGCCUCUGCGCUCGCAGCUCGCAGCCACCGCGUUGAAUCCAAGCAGUUCCCUCGGUGGAGAAGGGAUCGAUGGUGUCCGUGCGGGUUUCCGCGAUAGAGGUUCUCUGCGGGCCUGCACCUCCUCGGGAAGGCAAUUGAGCGCCGGUGUCUGCAGCACCCAGCCCCUCCCCGCACUCUCCCCAGUUUGCUUCCUGCUGCAGUCAGUCCGGGCCCACAUUAACUCUCCCCACUUGUGAGUGCGCACACACGAGUUCCCCAGGGCGGUCCUUCCAUCUGUCUCCCUGGGGAGUCCAGCUUCUCAGCAUUGACCUCCAGCCACGGGGUGCAGGGAAGGUGGCAGAAUGGAUGGAUUGCCGGGAUGGGGUGCGGGGCGGGGGGGGGGGGGUGUUUAAGGCACAGAAAUUAGCUGCCGGUGCUAAAGGGUUUGCUUUCUUCUUCGGUUUCAGACACACAAAAAAGCAGUGGGAUGCCCGUUGGCUAACUGCUGCCCGCCGAGCCCUGGGCUCACUUCGCAGGCUGCUGCCGACUUUCCCACCGCAGUCCCGCCGGGCGCCCGGGCUUCGGCCCCUCGCGGUGUCUGCGGAGGGAUGCGCCCCGGGCACUGGCUGUCUCCUGGCAGGUGAACGCCGGCCUGUAGGCUAAAGCCCCAGAGCGUCCACCUCGCGCCCCCAGGUUUUCUGCUCCUCCCCAACCCCUCCGAAGGAUGUGCCCCUUUGGAGGUGUCGGGGCUCCCAGCCCGAGGGUGGGGGGAGGGCGCCUCCCUAUCCCUCCUCCCCAUCCCCGCCUCGGCUGCGCUCGGGCUUUUACUGCAGUAGCCGGAGGUGACAGGGACGCCUCAGCCUCCUCGGCUGCUCUCAGAAGCCGGCUUCCCCAGCCUCCCCAAGGUCCUGCACCUGAGGGGCCGAGCCCGGGGGGGUGCUACGAGCCGCAGGAAACCGAAUUUUAGAAUGUGGAAGUCGCAGGGCUGCAUUCCUCCCGGGACCAGCCCGAGCGCCCAGCGCUGACAGCCAGAGGCAGCCUGUGGGAAGUUGGGACCGUGGAGCAAAGGGGGAGGGGAGUGGUGCAGCUCUGUGAGGAGUCGCUGGAGCAGCGCGGUUGGACACAAGUUUGCGUGGGAGUGUUUUCCUUUUGUCAAUAAUUAAUCGGUCUGGCAGGAUUGGAGUUUUGGCAAUAGGGCAGGCGGCGGGGCCGAACACCCCACUCUGGGAAGCUCGGAGGCGCCGGGCGCAGGGGGAAGCUCGCAGCAUCUGGAGAGGCGCCAACGCGCUGGCGCUCACCUAAGCCGCAGAGAGGUACACCCAACCGGGAGAUGAAGAAACAGCAGCCCAGAGAGGAGAAGUAACCCAGAAUUAUUCCGUGGAGGAGCAAGAACAAGAACCCAAGCCUGGACCCUCCUGGGCAGGACGGGCCUUCUGCAGCUUGAAGGAGCCAACCAUGGAUUUCAGGCGUGUGAAGGACUAUUUCUCCUGGCUCUACUAUCAAUACCAAAUCAUCAGCUGCUGUGCUGUCUUGGAGCCCUGGGAGCAAUCCAUGUUCAAUACCAUCUUGCUAACCAUUUUUGCUAUGGUGGUGUAUACUGCCUAUGUUUUUAUCCCAAUCCACAUCCGCCUGGCUUGGGAAUUUUUCUCCAAAAUCUGUGGCAUUCACAGUACACUUUCGAGUUGAUCUUGGUUGCAUUCUGUGAAUUGGCAGUGCACAUGUAUAUGUUGCUUACAACUCCUUGUUUUAGGUGAUUACUGUGUCUUCUUUCACUUUCUGAUCUAAAAAGCUCUUACUUCUCUAUGCACUCUUAGGUCCUGCCUGAAAUUUGAGAUAGAUGCCUCUUUAGGUUCUUUUGUACAUGUUACAUUGUGCAUCAGACCAAGAUAAUACAAUGACCUUACCUCACGUACCAUAUUUUCUCAACUUAAAUCUAUGACUUUAGUUGUUGUUUUUUUAAAUCAGGAAAUUUCAUAUAAAAUUUUUCUGGAAAGUAGGCUUAUGAGACCUAUCAGAAUCGUGUUUAAAAUAUCUGCUCCCUUGAUACCUAUUCUAUACUAAAGGAUAUAUUUUUAAAAAUGUGUUCAUAGGCUACUGUCAAAAGUAUCAGAUCCUUGUUUACAAUAUAAAGAUGUGAAUAAAUUAUAUGGGCCCCCUAAA